UGGUACAUGACAGUUUUGGGUUAAAGUUCAUAAGAGCGGCAGUGCGCGGUUCGGUCGUGCCGGGGUUUUAAUCAUAUCUCUUAUUUUGAAACAGAUCCCAAUUGGUUUUAUUUAAUUCAGGAGGAUGGCGUCAGAUUCAGGCUACGGUCAGCCUGGCGCUCAACAAAGCUAUGGCUCCUAUGGUGGAUCGCAGAGUUAUCCAGGUGGACAGCAGGGAUAUGGACAGGGUAAUAAUGGAAAUGGCUCUUAUGGUGCUCAGAGCUACAGUGGUUACGGGCAGUCGGGUGGAGAGGCUUAUGGCAGUUCAGCCCCGUCGUAUUCCUCUGGUGCCUACGGUCAGCCACCGCCGCAGCAGCAGCAGCAGCCGCCGCCCCCUCAACAGAGCUACGACAGCUAUGGGCAACAAGCCUCCGAAACCUCAACUGGAUAUGGUGAAAAGUCAUAUGGGCAACCACGCUCGUAUGGGCAGCAGUCUGGUGGGACCGGUGGCGCAGGGGGGUACGGUCAGUCGGGAGGCUCGUAUGGAGGGUAUCAGGCUGGAGGCGGGCGACGCAAUGAUGGUGAUAGCCGGAGGUAUGGUGAUGAUGGUGGCUCUGACAGCUCUGAAGGUUACAGGGGCAGAGGACGUGGCGGUUAUGACCGUGGGGGCUUUGACAGAGGUGGCAGAGGACCACCCUCCGGUAUGGGUGGUGGUGACCGUGGUGGCUACAAAAAUUACGGUGGAUCCAGAGACUAUGGUCAAAAGGAUGAUGGUGAUGGUGAUCAGGACAACUCCGACAAUAACACCAUCUUUGUCCAGGGUCUCGGUGAUGACGUUACCCCUCAAGAAGUGGGAGAUUACUUCAAACAGAUUGGAAUCAUAAAGUUGAACAAAAAGACCGGUCAACCCAUGAUCAAUCUGUACACUGAUAAAGCCACUGGCCGACUAAAGGGUGAAGCCACGGUGUCGUUUGAUGAUCCACCCUCAGCCAAAGCCGCAAUUGAUUGGUUUGAUGGGAAAGAUUUUAAUGGAAGACCCAUCAAGGUGUCGUUUGCUACCAGGCGGGCUGAGUUCAGUCAAAGAGGAGGUGGCGGAGGCGGCGGCGGUGGCGGCGGCAGAGGACGCGGUGGCGGUGGUUUUAGAGGCAGAGGUGGCUUUGGAGGUGGUGGUCCCUCAUUUGAUGUCAGAGGAGGAGACUGGCCGUGUCCUAACAGCUCGUGUGGAAAUAUGAACUUUGCCCGAAGAUAUGAAUGCAACAAGUGCGGUACACCAAAACCAGAAGGCGAUAGUUAUGGAGGCGGAGACCGUGGUGGCCGUGGCGGAUAUGGGGGUGACCGCGGGGAUCGUGGUGGUUAUAGAGGUGGCAGAGGAGGAGGUGGCUUUCGUGGAGGAGACCGUGGAGGUGGUGGAUACAAAAUGGGCGGAAGAGGAGAUCACAGAGAAGAGAGACGAGGCCGGCCAUACUGAAGACUUCACGCGGAUGCCAUUCCAGCCCGUUGCUUAUUGUAGGGGGGAGGGACGGGGUGUAGAUUUAAUGAGGGUAACUGGGAGAGGUUUGUGUGUGCAUACCUUGCAUGAGCAUCCUGCAUAUGGUCUGAAAUGAGCAAAUUUUCCUGUUAAUGUUGAAUCUACUAUGAGUAGAGAUGAUAUGGCAAGGGCAAAAACUGAUCUCAGAGCUCCUCUUCUGUCUGAGACCUGUGAAUCAAAUAAAACUGUCCACAGAUCAGCUUUAAAGGGUUGUUUUGCUCUAGGUGAAUGGGGGGUGGGGUCAGAUGUUUCUUGUUACUUUUUAAUUUCCUGACUUGUAGAAUCCGGCAUUUAGUGCGUGAUUAGAUUUGUGAAAUGCUUAUUGUUUUGUAAAAUCAACACAAACUGUUUUACUUGUUUUUCUUUUGCAUAUAUUAAACACCUUUAUGAUCUUAA